AUGAGCUUAUUUUGGGAUUAUCAUGGAACCCAUGGUCAUCAGACCGCUGACUGUAGGCACCUCAGGGACGAGGUUGUACGGUUGUUAAAAGACAGUCAUUUAAGAGAAUUCUUAAGUGACAGAGCUAAGGAUAAUUAUGGAAAGAAUAAGGACUUAGUCAAGCAAGAGGUUCAGACCGAACCACGCCAUGUGAUCAAUAUGAUAACUGACAAACCCAUGCAAACCGAGGCAAUUUCCCCGGUUAAAAAGGAUGAGUUGCUAGGAAUAAACAGACAGAGAGCUCUGAAGUCUAAGCAGAAAAAUGUGUUCUCGGUGGACGAUAAAAGAGAGGGAGAGAUCUCACCCCGUUAUGAUGAUUUGAUAAUUUCAGCUAUGGUUAAUAAUUGUAUAGUUACAGGCCUCGCAAUCGUUCCGACGAUUGUAGAGAAUAUUAUUCAAUGGGGAGUCAUCGAACAGUUGGCAAUGAUAGGUGAACUAGAACCAUCCGUAGAGGAAAUCGGAGAAGUAGCUGGGCCUGGAAAAAUUGCAAAGGGGUUUGUAGAAUUAUUGAUUGUUACAGGAGGCUGUGAGAGGAAUACGAAGUUUCGAAUAAUAAAUGGUGGCAUGGAUUUUAAGGUUUUAUUACGAAGGCCUUAG